GUCUGUUCAAUCACACGCAGAUAGCGGCAGGUUGUGCGGCCCUCAGCAGUCUCCUCCACCAGCCGUCCGCCAUCGACGUCGUUCGUCUUCACAGCGAUGACGAACACGCGCAACGCAGCGAAGGGGAAAAAGGGGAGGGAGUCGAAUCAGGGCGAAACUGCUACCGCCGUAAAGCGGGGGAGACAUCAGGCGAAGAAGGGGAAGGCAUUAGGCGGCGGCGCCCUGGUAAUUGGCAGGGCCGCGCGGGAAGAGUGGAUCACGGAGGGCAGCAACGACGAGGACGACGAUUUCGAAUCGGAGGCGGACACGUAUCAUGGCGUCAAAGGGAGCUCGCGUGAACAAACCGCCACGCGAAUGAUCAGCGGAGAUGAAGGGGGGGAAGGCGGCAUCGAAGACGUCCCCGCGGCGCAUGACAUUGGCAGACAACAGCCGUUGCGGGCGUCGUCGACCCAGGCGAUGCCAGCAGCGGGACGGGCGAGAAGGGAGGAGGGGGCGGCGGUGACUGCAGCAAGCAGGCCCCAUCCCCCCGCGCGCAGCGGGGCGAAGGAUGUCGCGGCGCCGGGUGCCAUUGCGGGCACGUCGACGGGGGGAGCGGGAGGAGGCGGGGGCGACGGGCGUAAUGGUGAUGAUGACGACGAUCCGCUCAUCAACAGGCAGAGGCGAACGAGAGGCGUGGCGGCUCUGGAGACGAAAGCACGGCUGUGGGUCGACGAUCAUCGUUUCUGGAACGAGACGGAGGGGCAUGGGCUGGUGAAGAUGAUACAGGAAACUCGCCUGCACCUCCUGGCCAUCGCGAAGGGUGCUGACGACGACGACGACGAUGACGACGAUAAUGAAGAUGGUGAUGACGAUGAAGACGGCGACGAUGAUGAUGAUGAUGAUGAUGAUGAUGAUGAUGAUGAUGAUGAUGAUGAUGAUGAUAACGACGACAAAAACGACGACGACGAUGAUGACGACGACGACGAUGAUGAGGAUGAGGAUGAUGACGAGGAUGAUGAUGAUGAUGACGACAAUGAUGAUGAUGAUGAUGUUGAUGAUGGCGACGAUGAUGAUGAUGCCGAUGAUGAUGAUGCCGAUGAUGAUGAUGAUGGUGAUGAUGAUGAUGAUGAAGAUGAUGAUGCCGAUGAUGAUGAUGACGAUGAUGAUGAUGGUGCAGACGGCCGUGUUCGAUGGUCGUCUACUGUGAGGACUGGUGCUCAUACACGUCGUCGCCAGAUCCCGCGGGCUUUCAGCAACCCAGUGCAGUGUAGAUUUUUUUAGUGGACCACCGUUUUUGGCACGCCGCUGGUGCGGCGUCGAAAAUCUUUUUGAUGUUUAUAUAUAGUGUCGUGUGCUUUAUAAUUUGGAAACGUGCUAUUCUACUUUCCUUCUCUUCAGCCCAGUUCGACUCUUCCUUUCUUUUGUGUUGGCAUGCUUCCCGAACGCAAACCGAUCGAUCCUUCCCUUCCUUUGUAUAUUGUUUAUUUUAUUUCUAUUUGUUUUUUGUUUGUUUUAUUUGGAGCUUUUUUUUUUUUUUUUUUUUUAUGCUUCACUUGUUUUCGGAAUUGUUUGUGAACAUAAAUCUGCGAUGACCAUUGAUCAUUGCCAUUUGCAUAUCGUUGUAUUUUAUCACAACACGCACUCAUACACCAAACACUGGCAACCCUACGAUGAAGAGGCAGACGAAUGAAGGCAGACACAAAAC